CUAGCUUUGUGUUUGUCAGAAAAAACAGAACAAGUUUGUUUCGUUCUGACAAUAGAUAGAUAGAGAGAGAGAGAGAGAAACAUGGCUAUGGCAAGAGAUAAAAAAGAAGAUGAAGAAGAGGUUCAUAAUCAAAAUCAAAAGGUUGGGAAGAGAUUGAAAUGCAUGAACAUGAUGAAGAAUGAACAAGAAGAAAAUCAAGUAGUUGAUGAAGAAGAAAGUGAGCUUCCAUUAAAACCAGAACUUUUCUUCUACCCAACAACACCAACAUCUUUUGUUGUAUCAGAUGCACUUGAAUCAGAUUUUCCAAUCAUUUAUGUCAACAAAGUCUUUGAAAUCUCAACUGGGUAUCGUGCUCAUGAAGCCCUUGGUCGUAACUGCCGGUUCUUACAAUAUAGGGAUCCUAGAGCUCAGAGACGGCAUCCUUUGGUGGAUCCAGUCGUUGUGUCUGAGAUUAGAAGAUGUCUUGAAGAAGGUAUUGAGUUCCAAGGUGAACUUUUGAAUUUCAGAAAGGAUGGUACUCCCUUAGUCAACAGACUUAGGCUUACGCCAAUUCAUGAUGAUGAUGGAGUCGUGACACACAUAAUAGGUAUCCAAAUCUUUUCCGAGGCAAACAUAGACUUGAACCGCGUUUCUUAUCCAGUUUUCAGAGAGACUUGCAUUCAAGAUUUUGAUAAAAAUGCUAAAUAUUCUCCCAAAAGUGGGAAAUUAUUGUACACUCCGCAGAAGCGCGAAGAGAUGUGUGGCAUUCUUCAGCUUUCUGAUGAAGUCUUGGCGCACAACAUAUUGUCACGCUUGACACCGAGGGAUGUUGCAUCGAUCGGUUCUGUUUGCAGGAGGAUCCGUCAAUUAACAAAGAACGAGCACGUUAGGAAGAUGGUUUGUCAAAAUGCAUGGGGCAAAGAAGUGACAGGUACAUUGGAACUGAUGACCAAGAAGUUAGGUUGGGGUCGUCUGACUCGGGAGCUUACUACUCUUGAGGCUGUUUGCUGGAAAAAAGUUACAGUUGGAGGCGGGGUUGAGCCUUCACGCUGCAAUUUCAGUGCUUGUGCUGCAGGAAAUAGGCUUGUAUUAUUUGGAGGUGAAGGAGUGGAUAUGCAGCCUAUGGAUGAUACUUUUGUUCUAAAUCUUGAUGCUAAGAAUCCAGAAUGGCAAAGGGUUAGUGUGAUAUCAUCCCCGCCCGGCCGAUGGGGCCACACACUCUCUUGCUUAAACAGUUCUUGGCUAGUUGUUUUUGGUGGAUGUGGUAGGCAAGGAUUGCUCAAUGAUGUGUUUGUGCUUGAUUUGGAUGCUCAACAGCCAACAUGGAAGGAAGUUUUCGGUGAAGCACCGCCUCUUCCGAGAUCUUGGCACAGCUCAUGCACAAUUGAAGGCUCUAAAUUGGUUGUCUCGGGCGGCUGCACAGAUGCUGGAGUACUUCUUAGUGACACAUAUUUACUUGACCUCACAAUAGAUAAUCCUACAUGGAGAGAAAUUCCAACUUCAUGGACUCCUCCUUCUAGGUUAGGGCACUCACUCUCAGUUUAUGGUAGGACAAAGAUUCUCAUGUUUGGUGGACUUGCAAAGAGCGGACACUUAAGGUUAAGAUCAGGUGAGGCUUAUACAAUAGAUUUAGAAGCUGAACAACCACAAUGGAGGCAACUAGAAUGUAGUGCAUUCACAGGUUUAUCAAAUCAAAAUGCUGUUGUACCUCCUCCUAGACUAGAUCAUGUUGCCGUAAGCAUGCCUUGUGGGAGGGUUAUUAUAUUUGGAGGUUCCAUUGCAGGUCUUCAUUCACCGUCUCAACUAUUUCUAUUGGACCCUGCCGAAGAGAAACCGACGUGGAGGAUCCUCAAUGUUCCGGGGGAACCACCUAAAUUUGCUUGGGGUCAUAGCACUUGUGUGGUUGGAGGGACUAGGGUUUUGGUGUUGGGUGGACAUACCGGGGAGGAAUGGGUACUAAAUGAGUUGCAUGAGUUAUGCUUGGCAAGUCGACAAGACUCUGACAUGUGAUGAGUGAUCGCUUAUGAAAAUCAACUGAACCGGAUCCUCUACAGACAGUCUAUCCGAAUCUCAGUUGUUGGAUUAAGCUGCAACUCGGAUCAAACGGUCGAGAUUUGGCUGAAUUGGCUGCAGAGAAGAGGAUCUAGUCUGAAAUCAAACCAUAUCUCUUCUCUCAAGACAAGUUUUUGGUUACAAAAGAAAAGUUUACUUUCGGUUUACUUAGUAGUUUGGUUUUGUUUAUAAACUAUAUUGUAUGUCUGUUAUAUGCCAUUUGUAUUAUGAGUAUAUUUACCACGGUUUAUGUUUGUAUGUGGCUCUAGGAAACCUCUCUCUAUAUCAGUUAUAUUGUAUCA